AUGGCUGUCGACCCCUCGGUGUUUACUCCCUGGUUCGGCCCGCAACAGGCGGCAAACUACUUCCGCUCUCUAAUUUCCGACGAGAUUUCACAGACACAGGUCUUGGACAUCAACCGUUAUCUACUACGUUGUGUUCAUGACGGAGGAAUAACACCUAAGAUCUUUGCCGUGUGGCUAUUUCUUGCCCAUCCAAAAUUUCCUUGCAUCCUUGAAGCCGCCCUGCGCGACGAGGCCUCGCGUGGUGUGCGAAAGACCGGCAUAAACGUGCUGAAAUGUGCCUUGAAAACAGACCGGUGGUGGAAGAACGGUUGGGAGGCAGUUGGAGGCACAGCCGGUCUACAGGAUAUCUUUGAGAAGAUAAGCAUCCAGGAGGCUAGGAGCCUGGCAAGAGCCAUCGGGUCGUGCUCGAACACCACUGAUCCUCUCCUGCGGCAGGCAAUCGAUGAGCUGCUUCAUCGUUUGCUGCCCGGUUUCUUCAAGUCUUCGUCGACGCAAUCUUCCGGCGAGUCUCAACAGCUACUCAAGUUGGAGGACGUAAUCUCGUUAUGUAACCUGUCCAGCGACGCCACUCUAAUGAAAGUCUUCUCAACGCCCCUGCCCGACGAUGUCACGGGCUCCCUGAUGCGACAACUGCUUAACUCUCGUAUGUCGCUGCUAAGGGAUAUUGCUGUCGGGGAAUUUCCGGUCCAUCCUCCGCUCCGCAAGCGUUUACUGGACCAGCAUCUCGCUGCGCUGCUUACAUCGGUUAUACCCUACGAGUCGCGGUUUGGUCAAGACAGGCAAACCGGCUUCCCGGCGAUCGAUUUUACCUUGGACCUUUUAGCUGGCGAGUUUGAUGUUUCUGAAAAGUCGCGAGUGGUCAGUUGGCAUGCGCGCAUUCGGUGCAUCGAUAUGACUCUCACAAUCUCCCGCCGCCGAAGAGUGCCUUUCGACGCUAUUUUUGCCUUGCUUCAGCGUGUAAUCCCAGACCUGGGGCAUUUAGAACGGACGCUCACCCAUUGGGUGCCGCUCAUACAUUCAUUGAUAGAAUUGUGGGUCAUCGCCGCCUUUCCAGACGCACAUCUACAGUCGAUAUCGGAUGCGCCUGUUGCUCGUUAUCGGGAGCGACUGCAUCCAUCUCGGCCACAAACGAGCCACAGAGAUUCUUUGGAGGCAAUGCUUCGAACAGCCUUUUGCACCUUAUCAUCCAAUCAGUUUCAACAUUGCCUCCGAACCCUUCUACCCAAAACCGUUCCGGAAGCCAGGCUUCCCUUACUCAAAAUUCUAUGCAAGAACCUGCAACACCUGAAAAUUGAUCUGGAGAAGCCUACGCCGUCAGUGAAGGAGCACAAGCUUGCCCCAUGGAGUUGGUCGUUCCUCAUGUCUCUCCCCAGUCGCGAUGCAAGAUGGUUACUUGAGCGCGCCAAACUGUUAUCGCCGAAUCAUAGUUUGGUCAAUCCCUUCGUCUUCGAGUGGCCAGCGAGUGCAGGGAAUUCGUCAUAUUUUCGGGACGCCUUGAUCCGAGUCCACUUCGACGCCAUGGACAGAGAAGCAGCCGAUUCUGUUAAUUCAGUAGCCCGUGAAUGUGAGCCAUUCUUUCCCGCUAGACAAAGAGUAUUGCUGAUGCUUGUGCCCUGUCCAGUGAUUGAAGACGUGAAGCUUAAGGCUGUAAAAGCCCGUGAUCCUGAAGAUCGGCUUCAGUGGGCAAAACUGACGAUCACUAUCGCAAAGAGGAGCCGAGAUAUUCGCCUUGUGCAAGAUGUCAUCUAUUGGACAUCGCGCUUCGUGCGGGAUCCGUCUGUGAGACCAGAGCUCGCCAGAAGGAUUUAUCGGGAGGAUGUUGCCUCCGUUCUAUCGUGUGUGAUGUCGCCAACCGCAGAGGACCUCGCGGCUAAAGUAUCCAUUGCUGACGAGGUGGUCUCUCAUCUCCUGGAACAGGCGCUUCUAACUGCGCAAGAACCGUGGUAUCGAAUCAACCAGGAUCGAGGAUUUGGCCAGCUACUUAAGCUCGUCGUUUCUAGCAGGAUACAUGCGGUAAAGCGCUUGUGUUUCCGUGGUCUAGGCAGUGAACAGAAUGUGGUGGACACGCUAUUCAAAGGGAUAGUGCCAAUACUGCUCCGAUAUGAAACAGUGGGUAGUACGGAAGGAUACGAAUCCCUUGGCUGGGGACAGUUGUCUGGCCCGCUUUCAGAACUCCAUUGCCCGCCUAACCCACCAGUCUCGAUCCUAAAGCUCUUGGAUUCGCUUGCACAGCACCGAGACCAUCUUUGGGUCAAACAGCGUGGCCUUCGGAUCCCACAAGCUGAGACUUUGCCCGAGGGCCUACCACGAGGUCUACCGCUUCAAUAUCUCCUUCCUUCACAGGAAUGGACGAUCGCGGUGAUGAAAUCGGAAGGGCCUAGCGCCUUUGUCUCGCAAAGAGUGAUGGAGGUUGUCCUCUCCAAUCCUGGUCUACUCCUUCAAAAGGUAAAGGAGGACGGCCGCAAACAGUACUUGGUGGAUAGUUUGAGGUUUGCAAUCGAGGCUUACCUCGGUCAUCUACCGGUUGCUGACCGGGGCAAAAGAUUACUGGAGAUCUGGAGUCAUUACUCGGAAAAAAUUCCGUCUUCUGCAGGCCACCUGGGGGACAUCAAGGAAUACAUGUGCUCUUUGCUGAGAUUCACAAGCUUACGCAAAUUAGAGAGGAUCAUCGACCCUCCCCAGUCGCCUUCUCUUGAUAUAUUCAAGAAUAUGUCACGUGACUCAAUCAGCAUUGAAUGGGAGCCCCGAUCAACCAAUGUGCAACAAAAUGCACAAAACCGUUGGGAGGGUUCACUAUUACAAGUUCGAUUUUUGGCCGCAAAGGAGGACUGGCCUCUGGAGAGAAUGUUGGCAACUCCCAAUCUCGGCACCUGGUCGCCAGUGCGUGAGAAGCCCAAGACCUUGAAGAUAUGGUGGCCCAAAUAUAGUCCUCGGACUCUUCCGUGUCAGUACCGAGAAUCUCUCAUUGCGUCUGCCCUUUUGUUUCUCAAUAGCCUAGCCCAGAAUACGGACCGCAUAUUGUCCAAGCCAUUCCCUGAGAAUACAGAUAUCCUUCGGUAUCCACCAGUGCACCUGGAUUACGACUUUUUGUCCAGCAUCGACGACCAGAAAAAAGCAGCAACUGCAGCAAUUGAUCUCCUUAAUUGCUUGGUCAAAAUAGUACCAUCCACCCUGCUGUACCACCUUUCGCUGUCCUUCUUAGAAGCUCUCCAUGUGCUUGAAAGCGUAUCGCCAAAUUAUGCGCUAGUGCAGCGCCUCGCUUUCAAAUCAAUGGCGCUGGUGCGGCGCUCAGACAGGCCUGAUCUGGCUGCGAAACUAGGCAUGAAAGCGCUCCAGCUAUUUCCGGAAGCAUCGUCGUGGCACCGGAUGGCAUUACCUUCCUCGUUGACUAAGGUCCUUAGUCGCGCCAAUGCGGACCGGGUAAUGCAAGAUUUCACUACGUAUGUCUUCAAAGCACUAGAAGAGCAGAACCAGCGAACAAGCCAGAGAACUGGUACUGCACAAGCAGAAAAACGCAUAAUAAAAAUCACAACAGUGAAAAUGCUGGCGACUAUGCUGGCUGAAAGCAGAUCUGGCGCGUCACCCCUCUCCGCCAUUGAAGCCUUGAAGAACCUCUUUCACGCCAGCAACCACAUCGAUGUCCGGGUAGCAGUGUGCACGGCUAUACUAGAAAUUGUUGGAGAAUACGAUGAUUGUGAACAAGCUUACGAAGCAUUUACAUCGCUCGCACCCUAUGCCGCAGUGCCCAGCGAAACCAGCGCCUGUGAAUCUUGGUUGCAGUCAGAGAACGCGGAGCUUCCAAGGGUGGAUUGGCAACGGCCUCUUUUCGAUCUUUUUAUCAAUAAAGCCUACGGGAUGCUGCCUCCAAGGUACCAUGAGCACUAUACAUACAAGGCGCUUCUACCCCUCCUUGAUGAAUUGACAAGGCAACAUAACCGGUGGAUGCGCCAAUUUCUUGCUCCACUUGAUCUUACGCCCGAGGAGCGGUCUGUGACUGACUUUGGCCCUUUUGAGCCAGAUAUGAUACAAAGAAUACUGGAACGCUGGUAUGAGUACCUGCCUCGGGAAUUCCUUGUCAGAUACCGCGCUUGGAUUAUAAGCUAUCUUGAUUGCAUGCGGCUCCGGAACGUCGACGAUAAGAUGACCGGGAAAGAUGCAUCAUGGAAGACAUCUGACUCAUAUUCUCACUGGACUAGGUGGUUCGGCGCUCAUGCUGGAAUAAAAUCUUUCCAUACGUUGCUGGGAAAGAUUGAUGCCAAGGAAAUCACCAAGGUUCCAAAUGGGAUAACCCGCGAAGAUCUCGCGGAUGUGAUCAUGGCGUGUGCGGAAACCUUUCUUCGAAACCCCUUCAAGCUGGUGUCCUAUCAGGUCGACGUGUCCCUGGACCGGAUUAUGAAUCUACUUUCGUCGCUGGGGAUUACCGACACCAAACGUCGAACUCACGUUUUGCCAAUUGCAGAACGAAUAGUAGCAUUCGCGCAGGGGUUGCGAACCGUGGAGUGGAGCUACGACCCACAUCGUAGCCCACCCGUCCUCCCCUCGAGCUUCCAACUCCAUACCAUGCUUCUUCCGUUUCCUCAGUUCUACAAAACCGAUCCUUUCCGCUACAUCAGGUUUGUGUCCAGCACGUUGGACUUGGUCCAGGAAUGUGUCUGCUUUGACACAUACAAGGCCGACAGCGCUGCUCUCCACGAGGCGAUGAAUCACGUCACAAAAGAGGAUGCGCGCCAAUGUGCACUGGAAUUUGGCCAGCGGUAUGACUCCAGCGCAACUACGCUUGUACAGUACGUGAGGGUAGAUUUAGCCCACGUUCUGGCACUAAAAUGCAGCAUGCACAGGGACGAAAAGGAUUUGAGAGGACGAGCAAUGAUGCUGCUGUGGAGGAACAGCCCAAACGAGUCGAUACGGUCGAUUGGGUGGUCCAUAUUCCCCAAAGCCUUGUAA